AUGUCCAUUUCUAUUAAGGGGGAAAAAUUACCUACAAAUGAUAAGUGGAUGUUGCAUGUCUUAUGCGGAGUACACAAUCAUUCGUCUGCUGAACAUCUUGAAGGGCAUUCAUUUGCUGGUAGAUUAUUUAAGGAGAAAACAUCCUUAUUAGUUGACAUGUCAAAGAGUAUAGUGCGAUCAAAAGAGAUAUUGGUUACAUUGAAACAAAGGGAUACCUUUAAUGGGACAACAAUGAAGACAAUCUACAACGCACGUCAUCGACAUCGAGUAGUACAGAGGGCGAGAAGGUCACAGGUGCAACAACUAUUGGGGCAAUUGUCGAUUCAAAAUUAUGUUGAGUGGCAUCGAUGUGAUGAUAGAGAGAUAGUGACUGGCUUGUUCUGGACACUCCCAGAGGACAACUAUACAUGGGCUUUAGACGUAUUGCGUACUGUCAUGGAGAAUACUGCUUUUCCAAAAGUCAUUAUUACAGAUAGGGAGUUGGCUUUGAUGAAAUGCAUAUCAAAAGUUCUACCUAUGGCCACUAAUCUUUUAUGUAGAUGGCAUAUUAGCAAGAAUGUUUUGAUGAAGUGCAAGAAGACUGAAUUUAGUACGUAUCCUGAAGCUAUUAAGUAUUUUACUACCAAUUGUUUCGAGCCAUACAAGGAAAAAUUUGUUGCAGCUUGGACAGACAAUAGUAUGCAUUUCGAAAAUACUACUACAAACAAUUUGGAAAAAAUAUUGGUAGAGUCAAAGAGAUCGAAUAGUGUGGGAAUAGAUGUUGCUGCAUGUGACUACAUUUUGCAACAUACACAUGGGUUGCAAUGUGCACAUGAAAUAGCUGAGUAUUUUCAACAAGGUCGACCGAUUCCCCUCUCGUGCAUAAAUCCUCAUUGGAGGAAGUUAGAUAUGCUUCCAGUUUCAGAAAGUGCUUUUUUGGAGUUGGAUUGCAAAACAGAGACUGCUUUUUUUAUUGAGAAAUUCCAAAUGAUUGACGAAACGCAACAAGUGAUCCUUUUGAAGAAGUUGAGGGUGUUAAUUAGUCCAGACAGUACAUUUUUGAUGGAACUUGAACUCAAGACUGACAAGCGAGGGAGGGGCCGAGGUCGCGGCCGUGGCUAA